AUCUCGUCGUGUGCUGUGGCACCAAUUAGAUCAACCGACUAUGUUCCUGAAAAAAUCAAAAUUUCACGAGAUAAAGUUUGCAGCAUUAUUGAUGUUUGUGGGAGCUUUGUGCCUCGCUGAAGCCGAAGAAAUCGAGUGUGGAACAAAAGGUAAAGGAAACGAAAGAAUAGUUGGCGGAGAAAUAGCUAAAAAAGGUGCAUGGCCUUGGCAGAUAUCGAUAAAACGCAAAUGGGGUUCUCAUUUCUGCGGUGGCAGCAUCAUCAAACCUAAUUGGAUAGUCACUGCUGCUCAUUGUUUCCAACCAAAUCCCAGUCCUAGGAAUUAUCAAGUCAUCGCCGGUGAGCACAACAUCAACAGAAAUGAAGGUGACGAGCAAAUAAUGAACAUCAAGAAGAUCAUCAAGCAUCCAAACUACAAUGAAUCCAAAGAUCCUACAUACGACUAUGACAUCGCACUAAUGAAACUAAAAAACAAUAUCACAUACAAUGACAAGGUUCGACCCAUUUGCCUUCAAACAAGACGGUUUCCGGUAGGGACUGAGUGUUCUAUUUCUGGUUGGGGAAACCUUAAGGAAAAAAAGGAAGGUGAAAGGAGGAAAUCGCCCUCAAAACUUCAUCAGGCCAAAGCUCCAUUGGUGUCUAACAGCGACUGUAGAAAGGCUUACAGACAUUAUCUAAGCUAUCUUAGCCCACGCAUGCUCUGUGCAGGCUAUGCGGAAGGAGGUAUCAGCACAUGCCAGGGUGAUAGUGGUGGACCGCUGGCCUGUAAGAACAGAUCUGGUAUCUGGGAACUGACUGGAGUUGUUAGCUGGGCAGUAGGUUGCGCUCGCAAGGAUAAGUAUACUGUGUUUUCAAACAUGGAUGAGCUCAACGAUUGGGUUAAAGACACUAUGGCGGCCAAUAACUACAAUUUCACUAGAUUCACUGUUUUUACCCGUCUUAAAGAUUGCAGGUGGCUGGAAAAGAGUGUGCUGUCAUGGACAUCAAAAUCAUUUAUGUCACGACCUCUUGUUAAUGGACUUCGACACGAAAGCCACUCUGUCAGCUCAGUGUUACUACUCAUCAAAGAUCAAGCGACAACAUUCUCAAGCAAAUCGAAAUUUGAGAUGAAGUUCUUUGUGAUAGCUUUGUUAAUGCUUCUAGGUGCUUUGUGCGUCGCCGCGGAAGAGGGAACAACACCGGAAAUAACAGAGGAAAUCGAGUGUGGGACAAAAGGCAAAGGAAACGAUAGAGUUGUAGAUGGAGACAUUGCUACGAAAGGCUCACAUCCGUGGCAGAUAUCAAUUAAAAGACGCGGAGAUCAAGGAUUUUCUCAUUUUUGUGGUGGCAGCAUCAUCAAAUCUAAUUGGAUCAUCACUGCUGCUCAUUGUUUCAAAAACAAUCCCACACCUGCAGAUUACAAAGUAACCGCUGGCGAAUUCAAUCUCGGUGAAGAUGAAGGUGAUGAACAAGAUAUGGACAUCGACAAGAUCAUCAAUCAUCCCGACUUCGACAGAAGCAUUAGCUCCCGCGACUUUGACAUCGCGCUUCUGAAACUGAAAACCAAUAUUAGAUACGAUGAAAAUGUUCGGCCUAUUUGUCUUCCAUCAGAACGUUUUCCUCCAGGUACUGAGUGUACUGUUAGUGGUUGGGGAAAACUUAAUGAGGAAAACAGUGAAAUGCCCUCUAGACUUCGUCAGGCCGUAGUUCCCCUGGUUUCUCAAGAAGAUUGCGAGAGGGCCUACAGAGGUAUUAACUCACGCAUGCUCUGUGCUGGCUUUCCACAAGGUGGUACAGACUCAUGCAACUAUGACAGCGGUGGACCUCUGGUCUGUAAGAACAAAUCUGGUGUCUGGGAGCAAGUUGGAGUUGUGAGCUUUGGAAAAGGUUGUGCUCGCCCACGUAAAUUCCACGUGUAUGCAAAGAUAGAGGAAUACAAAGACUGGAUCCAAAAAACUGUUGCAAAGAACUAGUGCACUUCAUGAAAAUAAAUGAAUGAAUCAUCGAAAA